UCUAAAAAUCAGCAUGUGAAUAAUUGGCUCAGAAUAAAAACUUCAAAUAUUCAGACGGCCUCCCCUUUCCGUGAUUUAAUUAAAUACAAUGUUGUCCCAUCUGAUGAAGUCAGAUGCAACCCUGACCUGAAAUCAUCAGCCAACUCAUCUGAACAGAGAGAGUCUGAGACAGGUGCUUCUGAUGGUAAUCUAACUUCUGUACAAAAUAAAACAGAAGACAAAAGCGUUCUGUUGAUAUAUCCGUCUUCAAACGUAAUUACCACAGGGGAUCCUCCUGCUGACAGCCCUGCAGCCAAAUUGCAUAAAAUAUGGCCCGUCCCUAAUCCUUCUCCUGCAACUUCAGAACAAGAGAACGUUGAACUUUCUGAAAACAACAGAACUUCAUCAACAGAAAUUUUCAUUCCCAAUGUAGAUUUGCCUAAUCAACAGUGGAAUGUCACUUCCUAUUUCAGCAACAGCUUCUUACUUAAUUGCAUGCAGAAGGGGAAUAUUCAUGCAGCAAGGUGUACUGAAGAUACAGAUUGUGUAGCUGAAGGUAAAGGUGAAAAGCAUUCUGAGCAUGUUAACGUUGAAGCAUCUACAUGUGAAGAGCCUUCUAAAAGCAGCACUGAUCAGCACAAAGACUGUGAAGAAGGGAAAGAGGCGGAAAUUAUUAUACCUGUGCCCCAAGGAGAGGUAGCAACCAUAUCUGACCCUGAGCAGCAGAACAAUAGCAAUAUGUGUGAGAGAAAAGUGAUGAAACUGCCAAAAAGCAUUUUAAAAAAGGAAUCUAAAUACGAACUUGGCUGUUUCAAAGCAAUGGUGGUAAACAGAGGUAUCAAAUUUGGACAUCCGCAGCCUGUGUCUUCUGUUAGAGACAGUGUUGAAUUGGCAAAAAUAAAAGGGAAAGAUGGAGAAGUUCAAAGGAAUUGUAAAAAGCUUAGGUGGUUUGAUGAAAUUAACAGAGUAGUGGAAAUUAGAAAAAUUCCAGAGUCCUGUGUUAGUGAUAUAGCUCAGGCACAACCCCAAGCACCUGGGUUUCAAAUUAAAACCACUUCUUCUAAAACUAAUCGAAGUAUUCCCUCCUGUUUGCUCAAUUCUGUUUUUUCCGGAAAAUAUUCAGAGAAUUCUCAAAUAUCUGCCAAACUUGCUAAUGUUGGAAACUCAGAAAGAGAUAAUGCAAUACACAAUGUCUUGGUGCCCAAAGGAUAUCAUAUUGCUAAACAAGCAUGGAUGGCACCAAGAAGUGAAGAAAUGAUACCUUUUAUUUAUAAUUGUGAGCCUAAAAAUCCAAAAACUAAUCCACGGAAAGGUAGAAUGAAAAUGAUCAAAAGACCAAAAUCUGCUAAAGUCCCAUCAUCAACCAUAAUAACUAAAAAUCGGAAGAGUGCCAUCCGACCACAGUCUGCUAAUGAAGCUACUAAGAUUGUAAGAGCUCCAGGCAAAAUCAUAAUACCCCACCCUCCAUGUAAGCCUAUACAAAGCAAAAAGCCAGAUGAAAAUCCUACAGAUGCCUUAUGUCAGACAUCGAAUGUGUGUAAGCCUUCCACGGAUGCCGAAAAUAGUCAGAGUCAGAAUCUUUUGCCUGAAUGUCAAACCUUGGCAAGAGGUUAUACAGAUGACCCUUCAACUUCAGGUAGUGCUUACCAUUCUCAAAUAACCAUGAUCAGACCUUCUUACAGUAUAUACACCUAUGAGCCUUUGACAAAGUCAAAGUGCAUUAUAAAUUCAAUUCCACCAGUUGUCCACUACAGCAAUAUUUCAAGGAGAAGUCCCAUGUUCUCAGAAAAUGGAUUAUGUCCGGAUCGUAUACCAACUGAUGAAGAAAUCACAAUUUUGUGGCAAGGAGUACAUCGUGCAUUGGUUCAAAGGGAUGGUGCUGCUGGUGAUUCACAGCAUUAUGCUUCCUUAUGCAAUAAUUCAAAUAAUGGUGACUUGCAGCACGCUAGAUCUAAUGUGUCUCACAUCACUAUAGAUGGUGGCCAUCUGAUGAGCAAUAUGAAAUCAGGUGUUAGGGUGAAUCCUAUUAUGUCUUCCCAACCAAGUGGUAAGAUCCCAUUUUGCUUUUGCAAGACGAAACAAAUUAAUGAAAACAAUGAAAAUAAACGCAAGGCUCUUUUAGAACAGAGGAGACAAAUGUCAGCCUUCGGCAAGGAAUCUACUGGUGUUGGACAGGACUUGCACCACGCUUGCAGUCAACUAGAAGCGAAGCCGAACAAUUUUAUCCUCCCGAUGCCCAGAGAAUUUCUCCACACAGCCUUGCAAGUGAAUCUCCUGGCCACCAUUUCCAAGGAUAAGAGCAGAGAAGUUUUGACCCUUUGCUGCGUUUACUGCUACGAGUUUAAUCUUAAUAGCAGCUUUAACUCGUGUUUGGUCAAAUCCGUUUUUGUUCUUCCCAAUUGUCUUUUCACAGUAUAUAUUUUUGUUCUAAAAUUCAGAUGGUACUACCCAGUACUAAUACCAGAAAACCUUGUGAAUUUGUCAGCUGCAGAAGGUGAAAUUUUGACUGGUUUGGAUACACCGCAACCAUAUAGGCAGAUUGCAGUGCGAAAUAGACCACCACGACAAGGAAUGAGCGCUCUGUCAUUUGAAGAGCACAAAGUUCUUCAGUCCCUUGACCGCAUCAACCACCGGCUACAGAAUGUUCAUGAAACAAUUAACAAAAACCCAUCUUCUACAAGUGUUUUGCAGACUAUUUCCCCUUUGGUCACAUCUCCCUCAUAUAUGGAUAUAAUGCCUCACAUGCAAAGGUAUAGGAGCAUAUUGGAUGCCACCCAUAGCUUAAAGCAAAGAAGAUACUGACUUGGCCCUAAUAAAGUUUGCUGAACUGAGAUUUAUAUAAUAUAUUCUCAGUUGCUAUAUUUGUAACAUAAUUAUUUGCAACGUGCCUUAAAUGCUAUUUUUUCUAAAAAAAAUCUUCAAAAUAAAGAUGUAACACAAGUAUUGACUGCUUGUUACCUAGUUUACAUUUAGGGCAAAAUUAUUUUACAUAUGCACUUUACUGUAAAAUGUAUUGUAUUUUUUUAAGAAUGGAAAUACCUCAAUUUUAAAUGA